CAUCGCCCUCUCUCGAAGCGAUGUCGUCUCUCUCUUCUUCCUCUCUUCGCAUCCUCUCUCCCAAAUUCCCAUCAAAGCCCUCCUGUUUCCUUUGGAAAAGCCUCUCCUUUCUUCCCUCAAGAUCCCUCCUUUUAUCCUCCCCCAUCUCCUUCCAACCCCUCCCCAGAUCCUCCCCCCUCCCCCAACCCCUCCGUGCCCAGCCGCAGCAGCGGGAGGAGGAGCAGACCGCCGGCGUCGACCUCUCCCUCCUCCCUCCCAAGCUCCGGGACAUCAUCGUCCUCUUCCAGUCCGUCUCCGAGCCCAAGGCCAAGUACCAGCAGCUCCUCCACUACGGGGCGCGGCUGCCCCCCCUCGACCCCGCCUUCAAGAACGAGGAGCACCGCGUGCGUGGCUGCGUCUCCCAGGUCUGGGUCCGCGCCUUCAUCGACCCCGAGGACGCCGCCGCCGUCCGCUUCGAGGCCGAUUCCGACUCCGUCCUCACCAAGGGUCUGGCCGCCCUCCUCGUGCUUGGCCUCUCGGGAUCCCCUGCCCCUGUGAUCGCCCGCGUGCCCCCUGACUUCGUUCACCUCCUCGGCCUCCGACAGAGCCUCACGCCAUCUAGGAAUAAUGGCUUCCUCAACGUGCUCAAGCUCAUGCAGCAGAAAGCCCUCCAGCUGCAUGCAGAUGCUGCUGAUUUCAAGGAUAGUGAGGCUCUCGGACCCGAUAGAUUAGACACAAAUACAAAAGAUGAAUUUUUUGAGGGAAAAAAUCCGAUCUUGGGUGGAAAAGCCAAUGAAAUGAGCACAGGUCCCGACUCAGUUGUUAAUGGUGGCAGAAAUUCACCAGGUUAUCAUGCUUCAGAGGUAGAAGAGAGAUUGGAAGAAGAUAGGGAUGCUGUUGAUAUGACUCCGAUAAGUCCACAAGCUGCAUCCGGUGGGAGAAGGGAGAGGAUGAUCGAGAGAUUGGAGAGAGGGCUAUGUCCGGUGUCAUUAGAGGUGGAGGACAUAUCUCAUCUCCACGCAAGCCAUGCUGCAGUUAGGGGGAGCGCUGGUGGAGAGACUCAUUUCAACGUUAGGGUUAUCUCAAGGGAGUUUGAAGGGAAGAGUUUGGUGAAGAGGCACAGGCUUAUUUAUGAGCUUUUGCAAGAGGAGUUGCAGAGUGGAUUACAUGCUCUCUCUAUUGAUGCAAAGACUCCAUCUGAAGCGCAAUCUAGUUAAAGAAGAAUUAGUUGUGACAAGGUCUCGCCUUGAACUCAUUGAUCCUUCAAUUCCAACAAAGAAAUCACAAUCAAACUGUAUAAGAUAGACUGCUUGCACCUGCCUUGGAGGUUCUUAUGGAAGCGAAGAACCCAACCAAAGAGCAGAAGCUGCAGAAAGUUCACUUUCUUGAGAGAAGAGGAUUUGGAACCUAAAUUUCGACCUGAUGCUGAUUUGGAUCCAAUAUUAUAAGUAGAUGCUGUAUCGAUGAUCAGUAUUUGAAACCUUCAUUGGAAGGAGCUUCUUAUUUUCUUGAAAUCUCUUUGGAGAUUUGUGUUCAUCAUCCUAGGCUAGAAAUCUACAAAUGUACAAACAGUCCAUAUGACUUGAUAAUUCAGUCAACUCAACCUAUGCAAUUGUGCAUGUAAAACUUCUUGUUCUUUUAUGUCCCAAGAUGAUGUAGACCAUCUUUUACAUUUGAGCUACUCAUUGUAUCAAUGUGGAUUAGAAUCCAGCUUUGAUGUGAA